GGUUAGUCCUGUUUAUAGAAAACUUGAAACUAAUCCAAACGGCUCUUAGUUGAGGCGUAAACAUCCAUAUCAACAGCCGAAAAAUCUCACCAUCAGCGGCGGUGCACCACCCCAGCUCCGCCGUAAGAUGGAGGAAGAAAAGGCCGCAGCAUACUACGACGAGCUCACACGUAAAGGAGAAGGCGCCGCAAGAUUCAAGCAAGGUCUAGGCUUUUCUUCAACUUCAAAUGGCGUCGUUCCCAUUCAUGGCUCUGCUCUCGUUUCUUCCUCUUCAUCUCUGAGUAGUUUUGUCAGGGCAUCAAGCCCAUCGAAAACCACCGAGUUCGAAAAACAAGCUCAGCUUCAAACCAUCCAAAACAAGCUCAAGAAGAAAUCUAAAGACAAUAAACAUUACCUUUCUUCUAGAGUUUCAAAAGGAAAAACCACUAGAAGCAGAAGUCCAAGUCUCGAAAAACGUUCCAGCCGAAGUCCAAGCCGGAAUUUAAAGCAUCGGAGUCGAAGCCGGAGAAGAGAUAAAGAGAGGCAUUCGAGGCGGGAUGCUUAUUGGUCCAAACGUCCACAUAGGUCUAGAAGUAGAAGUCGAAGUAGAGACAGAGAUAAACAUAGGGAAAGAGAAAGGCAAAAAGAGAAGCAGAGUACAAAGAGGUCAAGGAGCGUGUCCCCGCGGGAUCGAAGACAGGAGAAAGUUGGGAAAUAUAGAGCUGCUACGGUAGAUUAUAGCAAAUUGAUUGAAGGUUAUGAAAAUAUGACUCCAGCUAAAAGAGUCAAAGCCAAAAUGAAACUUCAACUUUCAGAAAGUGCUGUAGAAGAUGAUGGUGCUUUAGUCAACCACAUUGGUAAAAGCUUUUGGUUUUCUACGGUGGAGACUAGGAGGGAGGAACAAACUAAGGCUGCUCAUGAUGAGGCUAUUUUUGGAGUUCCCUCACUUCUGCCACUUCCACCUUCCACUGAAACAGAUGAUGAAGCAGAAGAGGAUAAUGGCAAAAAGGAUAUAUCUGAAAUUGCCCCUGCUACAAGUCUCAUUAGUGGGCAGGCACUGGCAAUGCAACAAGGUUCUUGGCGUGAUCGUGCGCGUAGAUCAUGACUUCUGUGAAUGCUUGGAAGAGACUUGAUCAUGCCUAAUAUUUGGUUUAUGUCGAUGGAGGGUUUUUGUAUUUGUGCAGGUCUUACGUGGGUUGUUGCCCGCUGCUUUUUGGGGUAGUGUAAGGUCCUUGUUUUUUACUGGACAAAUUGUGAAGAAGGGUAUUUAUGGAGUUGGGCUUCCAGCUUUAAAAUAUCCAUUGUACGUAAUGGUCUGUCAUAUUCUAAUUUUAUUAUGGAGAACUAGCAUGGCACAAUGCAAGUAUUUUUCUGUAAAUAUUUCUCUUUGGUACUCUUUAAGCUUCGAAUUCAGCCCUUGUAUAGUGUGUAUGUGGACGUCAAGUAUAGUGCUUUGGUUAGAUUCAUCUACCUGCUUGUUAAAUUCGGUUAUUUAAUGGUGACUGAAUUGCAAUACUACAUUCUUCAUUGAGAAUCAUAUUUAUCAAACUAAGCUUGAGCUUUA